GCGUUUUUCAGUACGUUCUAUUGUUUCACGACGAGACUUGCAACUUUGUACAUAUAUUGAUAUAAACCCGUGGAAUCUAUGCAAUUCUGUUCUAACCAGUAUCGAUCUGCAAUCAGUAUGGUGUAUGGUAUUCUUGUGCUCGUCGCUCUAAUAUGCGCCGCUCAGGAUUAUGGAUCAGUGAUUCCCCAAAUUAUGGGUGGCAAAGAUGCUCCGGACGGCAAAUAUCCAUAUCAAAUAUCGUUGAGAUACUACGGAAAUCAUAACUGCGGCGGAUCUAUCGUCAAAAAUCUAGGUAUCUUAUUGAAAGCAGCGCAUUGCGUCGACGGCAUAAUAAAGCCGGUGGACCUUUCAUAACCAAUGGCGUUCAAAUCGGAAUCGUCUCCUUUAAUAGACCAUGAGCGCGGGAAUAUCCUGGUACAUUUAUAACAAUAGCUCCCAAAAUAAGUUAAAUCAAAGAAAAUAUGAAGAAAUAGGAAAUAAAGAACUAGGGAUCAAUGACACACUCGUAAUGAUGUAGAUAUCACGGAAAUGGCUCUCGCAAUCAAUCGAUACACUGUAAGAAAUGAUGUAUUAAAUUUAAUAUAUUUCAUGUGUU